CUUGUCCUAUUAUCGAUUCCUCGUCCCAGCGACCUAUUGCGUGGCUUCGUACGAGGGACGACGGCCCAGGAAUCUGACGGCGUUAAGCGAACUGCGCCUGCGGGUGCCCUUCUUCUCCUUUUUCUCUUACAGUCUCGAAGUCUCACUCGAGACUGAUAGAUUUGGAUCUGAUCAUACGGAGAUACGACCAUCAAAUCAACACCAACACCGAACUCAAAAAGGCUAUCUAACUCUGCCACUCGCGAGCCUCUUAUUUCUUCUCUGACCGUCUUCCGUCUGGCUGAAAGCGGCAAUGUUCCAUGACAACUCGGGCUCCAGUAAUGGGCAUUAUAGAGUCGGGCAGCAGCGAGAAGGCCGACCGCGAAGAGGGCGAGGCGGGACUGGCGGCGGCUUUAGGGCAUCACACUACAGCCAGCAGUCCCAGGAGAGGAGCCCUAUUCCGCCAUGCACUGAGUAUGAUAAGGCAUACUUUCAGGCUUACUCGGACAUCGCAAUCCAUGAAGAGAUGAUCAAGGAUCAUGUGCGGACGAGCACAUACAGGGCUGCAAUCAUGCGCUACCAAGAUUCAAUUGCUGGCAAGGUUGUAAUGGAUGUUGGGUGUGGCACAGGAAUUCUUGCUAUAUUUUGUGCCCUUGCUGGUGCUAGGCGGGUAUAUGCAAUAGAUGCAAGUGACAUCGCAUUUCAGGCUAGUGAAAUUGUCAAAUCAAAUAAUCUUUCCGACAGGAUUAUUGUGUUGCAUGGACGAGUUGAGGAUGUCAAUGUUGAAGAGAUGGUUGAUGUCAUAAUAUCUGAGUGGAUGGGCUACUUGCUUCUAUAUGAGACUAUGCUACCAAGUGUGAUCUUUGCCAGGGAUAAAUGGCUUAAGCCGGGGGGCCUUAUCAUGCCCUCUCAUGCGACGCUAUAUAUGGCACCAGUUACACAUAGUGUUAGAUACCGGGAAAGCAUUGAUUUUUGGCGUGAUGUUUAUGGGAUUGAUAUGACUGCCAUGUUGUCUCUUGCGAAACAGUGUGCGUUUGAAGAGCCAUGUGUGGAGACAAUUUCAGGAGAAAAUGUUAUGACUUGGCCGUCUGCGGUAAUGCGUGUGGAUUGCUAUGCCGUUCUAGCAGAAGAGCUAGAAUCAAUCACUGCAAAAUACAAGUUUAUAUCAAUGUUGCAAGCCCCGCUACAUGGUUUUGCCUUCUGGUUUGAUGUUGAAUUUGAUGGCCCCCAAAAUGUUCCUUCCAAUGAGCAUAUUCAUACGCUUGGAGCGUCUUCAGAUAUUAUAUUACAUCCCAAUAACAAGAAUAAGAAACGGCUCAAAUCCAAUGAAGCUAUUGUUCUUUCAACUGCUCCAGAGGAUGAUCCUACCCACUGGCAGCAGACCAUUAUUUACUUUUAUGAUCCAAUAGAGGUGAAACAAGACCAAAUUAUCCAAGGCUCCAUCACUCUAUCUCAGAGCAAGGAGAAUGCGAGAUUCCUAAACAUUCGCCUGGAGUAUAGCUCUGGAGGUCGAUCUUUUGUAAAAGAAACUGUGAUGAGGUGAUCCCAAUGUCUUGAUAUAAAUUUUUUCCAAUUUUGAUUUUCAUUAUUGAGGAACCAGUUCAAGUGCUUUUUUAAGGUAAUUUGGUAGAAGAUUAGUGAUAACUCAAGAACUCUGUAACUUCAGGUAGACAUUAAUUUCAUGCUUUUCUUUUGCCAUAAUUUCCACUUAAUUCUUGACAAUUUAUUCCUCUUUAUUGUUUGCUCGAUUCUACGGCCUUUUGUUUCUGCCUCAUUGUCUGUAAAUAGUUUAGAGUUUUCUGAAUACCAGCAGAAAUAUUCUUCUAUCGUUUCCAUGCAUAAGUAUUCUAUAUAUUCAAUGUAUUUUAUCAUGCUUUUAA